UCUGGUCGUUUGGAGGAUUAAGGAUUCUAAAAAGCUGCGAUUUUUUUUCUCACCUCCUCUCUCUCUUGAGACCAAGAGCUCCACCUCUUCAAUAAUCAUUAGGACUACGAUCUUCUCUCUCUCAUGCAAGUAAUGCUGAUUUGACUGACGCAAAUAUCUUUGUAUCUCCAUCCCUGUUCUGUUCUUGUUUCCAAAAAUGCGCUCCACACCUGUUGCUCCAAAAUUGGUCGCCUUCCCUUCUUUUCUCGUUUCUUGUUUGCGUCUUUUUGGGCUUACGCUGUCCCUUUUCGAACCUCGAGUCCCCAAACAUAUCUUUAAUGGCACCUCCGGGGGAGGAGAGAGAGAAAGAAGAUGCCCAUGCUUUGCUUUGUCCGCUAAAUGGCCGCUCAUGUCAUGGCUCACCCCAUGGUGGUCACCUUUUAAACCCGUGCCCACUCACACGCUCUUCCGUUUCCGUCUCCUGUUCAAAACUCGCGGUCUUUCACUGCCACUUGCUCACACGCGCUCCUUACUGUUGGGUUGGUAGAUUCAGCUGCCGGUCGCCGGAGCUGCCAGGUCCGGCGAUGGGCAAGGCGGCGCGAUGGUUUCGCAACAUCUUGGGUGGCGGCGGGGGCAAGAAGGAGCACAGCAAAGAGCAGAAGCGGCAGCACGACCAGCUGGUGGUGGCUCCGCCGAGCAACACGAAGCGGUGGAGCUUCGGCAAGUCCUCGCGGGACUCGUCGGAGGCGGCAGCGGCUGCUGCUUCUGCUACAGCCGGGGGCAACGCGGCGAUCGCGCGGGCGGCGGAGGCGGCGUGGCUCCGGUCGGCGUACGCGGAGACGGAGCGGGAGCAGAGCAAGCACGCCAUCGCCGUGGCCGCGGCCACUGCGGCGGCGGCGGAUGCUGCCGUGGCUGCCGCCCAGGCCGCCGUUGCGGUCGUGCGGCUAACCAGCAAGGGCCGCGCCGCGCCUGUACUCGCCAGCGCCGGCGGCCGCGCCGCCGCGGCCGUCAGGAUCCAGACAGCGUUCAGAGGAUUCUUGGCGAAGAAGGCGUUGCGAGCGCUCAAGGCGCUGGUGAAGCUGCAGGCUCUGGUGCGCGGCUACCUCGUGCGCAGGCAGGCCGCCGCCACGCUGCAGAGCAUGCAGGCCCUCGUCCGCGCGCAGGCCGCCGUGCGCGCAUACCGCGCCGGCCUCCCCGCCCUCCCUCAACUGCACCUUCCCGUCGGGCCGCGCUACUCGCUGCAAGAGCGGUACGCGGACGACACGCGGAGCGAGCACGGGGCGGCGGCGUACAGCAGCCGGCGGCUGUCGGCGAGCAUCGAGUCGUCGUCGUACGGGUACGACCGGAGCCCCAAGAUCGUGGAGGUGGACCCCGGCCGGCCCAAGUCGCGCUCGUCCUCGCGCCGGGCGAGCUCGCCGCUUCUCGACGCCGGCGGCGGCGAGGAGUGGUGCGCCAACUCCACGUCCUCGCCGCUGCCGUGGAACCGGGCCGCCGGGCCGCCGCGCAUCACCGUGCCGACCUCCCGCCAGUUCCCGGACUACGACUGGUGCGCGCUGGAGAAGGCCCGUCCGGCGACGGCGCAGAGCACGCCGCGGUACAUGCUCGCUCACACGCCGGCUACCCCGACCAAGUCCAUCGCUGGUGGCUACUCGCCGUCGCUCAACUGCCCGACCUACAUGUCGAGCACGCAGUCGUCGGAGGCCAAGGUGCGGUCGCAGAGCGCGCCGAAGCAGCGGCCCGAGCUCGGCGUCGGCGCGCGGAAGCGGGUGCCGCUGAGCGAGGUGGUGGUGGUAGAGGCGUCCCGGGCGAGCCUGAGCGGCGCCGUGGGCAUGCAGCGCUCGUGCACCCGGGCGCAUGAGACGUUCAGCUUCAAGACGGCCGUCGUCGGCCGCAUCGACCGCACACUGGAGGUCGCCGGCGAGAACGACCGGCUGGCGUUCUUGCAGAGGAGGUCGUGAUCUGCAGGGCAGGCUCCAUUCGGCAAUGCCAACAAGACGACGAGAGCUUUGGGAGAGUAAUUAGCAAUAAGAAUGCGUUUUCAUUUGUUCUUGCGAGUUCUCGUCCUUGUGUUUUUGUUUUUGCAAUGUGAUCAACCAUGCUACUUGUGUUUCUUCAUUUCUUUUGAAUUUCUCUGUGGCAAACCAAGUGUAUGAGGAAAAUUUGUUUCAUAGUACACUUGGUAUGUAAAUUCUUGCUCCGAAUGCUGUUCUUGGAUUGUGGUUUGUCUUGCAUUGGCUUGUGUUUA